AUGUCUCGUACCCAACGUCUCCCUUUCUUCCUCCACACUCUCAUCGAAAUCCCCGCCUCCUUAAAUUUCUUCCUCAACCCUUCAUCUCAACUUUCCAUCCCAGCACCACAAGCUCACACCGUUAUUCAACAAUACGCGACACUUCUAUUCGUUUCAUGUCUCAUUUCAAUUAUAUUCGCUUCACGGCGUGUUGAUAGGACAAGUCGUAAUGUCGCGGGUGCUUUAUCGUUGUAUCAUGUUGCUCCUGCUAUCAGAGCUGGAGGGAGGAUCUUAACGGGUGAAGGAUUCGGAAAAGGAGUGAAGGGAUUGGGGGGUCCUGGGAUGCAUUUGUUUGUGCAUUUUAUUUGUUGUGCUGGUCUUUUGAGACUUUUUCUAUCACGGAGAAGGAAGAGAUGA